GCCGGCGCUAAUCGAAAGCGCCGCGUAGAGGUACACCAGCUGGGCCGGCGGAGCAUGUGCGGUCCCCUGGCCCGCAAUGCAUGGCAGCGCGGCCUACGCGCACGACGUCCCACCGACGCCCGCCGCGCCAGCGCGCCCCGUCCGAUGCCCAGCCUCGACGCCCACGCGAUCCCGACCGCGCCCGCUGGAGAGUCCGGUCGGGCUGCAGCAGACCGCAGCUGAGAACCCCUGCACCAUGAAGCCACGGAGGGCCCUGCUUCAACCAACAACAUGGGUAAUGGCAUGAACAAGGUGCUGCCGGGGGUGUACAUUGGCAACUUCCGAGACUCCAAGGACCCCGAGCAGCUCCAGGCCAACAACAUCACGCACAUCAUAUCCAUCCACGACACGGCCCGGAAGCUGCACGAGGACAAAGAAUACCUCUGCAUCCAGGCGUCAGACACCCCCGGCCAGAACCUGUCGCAGUUCUUUUCCCAAUCCAAUGACUUCAUCCACCAUGCUCGAAUGGAAGGCGGCAACGUCCUCAUCCACUGCCUCGCAGGGGUGUCUCGCAGCGUGACGAUCGCCGUGGCCUACGUGAUGUCCGUGACCAGCCUCAACUGGCGUGAGGCACUCAAGGCCGUGCGUGGAGCCCGGAGUAUCGCGAACCCGAACUUCGGGUUCCAGAAACAACUGCACGAGUACGAGUGCAGGAAACUGUACGAGGAGCGCAAGAGGCUACGGCAGAAGUUCCCGCGCGAGAGCUUCUGUGAAGACGAGCAGGAGUGCCGCAAGCUACUCGCGGCCUACCACAACUCGGUGCGGCCCCUGGAGCCCAGUCCGAGCAUCUGCCGGCGUUCGGGCACCCAGGGCUUGACACCACCCUCGUCGCCCCGCAGGCGCCGCCACCGCAGCCCGUCUCCGUCGGCCGGCCCUUCAACGAGCUACGCCAGGCCGCCCUGAGAGCGGCCCGGACACCCGACGGGUGGUUGCAGCUCGCCGGGCCAGCCUGGCUCGCACGGGUGGCCCCGCUCCUUCACCUGCACGUUUGACCCGCGUCAUGCAUUGCUACUACCCGCUAGGAAGUCGGUCUCGCCCCAAUAUGGCGGCGCAGCGGGCUCAGUGUGUGUGUCGGAGGACCCAUUGAGCGAAACUGAUGCCUUCUCUGUUCAUGGCUGCGCUGAAUUCGCGAGCGGUCAAGCUGUUCGUCCGACCAAGAAAAAAAAACUAGAAAAGAAACGGAGGCAAUUUAGCGUGCAAGCUUUGGCUGCCAAAGUUACGCACAAAAGCGUUUUGAGAUAAAUUAUGUGCAAGAUGAAAAUGAACAAACGAGUAGCGUCGGACGAAAAGCGAAGGCCACUUCUUUUUCACUGUGGCCAUGUUUCAAUGUUAUCGAACUACCGGCGAAAUCGAAACCCCGGGAAACGCGACGUUUUUCACGCUUCCUUUUUCUUCCUUGGUGUGAGGAAGGAAUUCGCAUAUGCUUUGGCUAAAACAAACAGAAAGCGCGAUAACUGCGUUCUGUAGAACAUCAUAUUUUUGUAGUAUAUAACAUGAAACUUGAUAGCAGUGACGAGAGAAACGACUAUCUGUUUGUAAUAUUAGUUUUCUUGCUAAAAGCGCUCCAAGCAGGUCGCUUUCUUUAUUGUAUUGUGUGUGCGUGAUAUGUUUGUCUCCCUCUUCAUUAUAUUGUAUUCUGUAAGCGACGUGGUUAGUCUGCAAGGGUUAAUGCAGCUGUCGUAGGUCACUGAAUGUCGAUCAAAAUAGCGUGUUUGACACGGUGUGGAUCUACGCGAAUUGAGAAUGUAGGAACCGGAAAAUCAGUGCUCAAAACAACGACGAAUGACGUGGACAGGUUGGCGUCUUGCGCAUCCGACAAGGCGCAAGAACGUUGUUUCAGAGUUUUAUUUAGUGCUGUUUCUAGUUCCCCUAGUUGUUCAUGGUUGUCAUGAAAACAUAGCAUACGUACUAGCAAUGUAGCUUGUUUCAACGAUGACCAUCGUUUUGAAAUAGAUAGCAAAGAUUGUUCUCAUGACAGGCAUAAGGAUAUCAAAAAGGUGCUUAGCAUACCUCACCUGCUUGAAAGAGACGCUUGUUGCUAGGAGAGCAAAAAUAUGUGUUGUGACAUUUUCCACUGACGUAGCUCACGCCGCUCAUGGGAGUUCGGUUGAUGUCAAAUCUUGUGGUGCCUUUCUUGUUCGAGACUGCCUCAGUGUUGUUGGUUCGUUUAUUGGCAGUUACCGCUGAGUUGUAUGAUGUUAAGACAUGUUCAAGCGGUCGUACGUGAAGGGUGUCGCAAUGUAGGUUGACACCCAUGUCGGUGCACGGUCAAAGACACUUUGGGCUGCGCACGUACAACAACCGUCCAUACCUUAUCGCGCGUAUCCUUCCUUGAAGGUAGAAGAGGCAAGUGAUAGGGAUAGCCUUUGUGCUCAGCCGUGAGAAGGUGCAAGAGGUUGGUGAAAAUGUAGUCGCAUCAAAUACGAGUGCACAUACUCAAGAAGAGAAGUGCCAGAAAUUCGACUGGACGAGAUUAAUGACAUGCCACGUAGAUCACCAUGACAUAACAUAUAACGUUAUAAGGCCGCAGCCACAAAAAAAGAAAGGAAACAAAACUUAUAUAUUUAAUAAUACAAGAAAUGACUACGUACUCAUAAAGAUUGAUAAAAUAACUCGUGGGAAACGCCACUAAGUGUACGACAGCUCGUCAGCAUUCGCUCUAACUCUACUCGUUGCACAUUUUACGAUGAUUAAAACACAAUAUCUACAGGCCCCCGCGAAGCUAAUGUGCUCAUUUUCCUGGAAUCUGGGAAAAUCGCGUGCUCUUUUGGUGAUUUGCACAUCAUUAGGAUGAAAUCAUUGUGUCAUGCAGUUAUCUAAGCAUUUGCGCGAGGUCUAGACCUGAAUCCAAUUCUUAUCGCUAGGACUGCGGUACCUGACAACCUCUUGCACCUACUCUCGCGUCUGAGAUUUGUGUGUGCAGGUCCAACGAGUAUAUUUGUUUGUAUAGUGAUGAAGAAGAUACCACAAGCGUCGCUGCGGCCGCAUGGCUCCUGAAGCGAGGAAGACAAAGACCAAAGGAUCGAUGCUGCUGCGUUCCUCGCGCUGGCGUAACCUUCCUUUUUUUUCUUUAUUCACAAAAUGACAUACAUAAAAACACGUUGGACUACUUGGACCAACGUGACAAGCUAAAAUUUCUUGAAAUUCACUAAUUCAUCAAGAUUACCCAACCAGUCAGGCGGAUCUGCCUGUACACGAUAUAUCUCACGUAUGAAAAUAAUGCUUUCAACAAAAUUUUCUCGCGCUGGGCGCGCAUUCACAUCGGCGUGCGUUACCGCCAUCCGUGUCUUCCAAAGACUAUGGAGGCCCAAAAGCAUUAUCAUGUCAUACGGAAAGCCCUGAUGGCUGUCUACCGGCAGGAAACGUAUACCCUGUGCUGUUAUCGGCAGUUCCUUUUUAAGAGUUCUUUGCAAGACAUCCCAAUAAAAAAUUGCAUCCCAGCACUCAAUGAAAGCGUGCUCAAUGGUCUCCGGCUUGUUACAUAGCGCACAGUUGGUCGUCCAUGGUACAGAUAUUCCUUUGUCGGCUAUCCAUGUUUUGACCGGAAGGGUAGAUGUAUGCAAUUUAAAGAAGAACGACUUUACGCUUGCUCUCACUGGCAUCUUUUUAACUCUUUUUAAAACAUCUUGUCCUGGGCCUCCAUAGUAUUUCAUUCGGUACAAUGGCACUGGCAUCAUAACGUCAACUAAAUCCUUGUAAAGUUUCUUUCUUGUUACUGUGCUCAGGUACUGAAGGGAAAACCGAGCUUUUAAUAUUCGAAGGGAGUCGACUACCUCUCGCAAGUAGCCUUUAAGCCGGUAGUGUACAGGCUGUGCACUAGACACAAUAAAUUCAGGCAAAACGCUUUUCAAACGGAUCUGGAUCAUCGUACGCAAGAAUGAAUCACUUUGAUUUCGUAAGAAGACAAAACGAGAAACAAUCUGUCGUAAGAACAAAUGCGACAAUCCAAGACCACCAUGUCGAACAGGACGAAACAAGUUGGUACGGCUGACCCUUUCCCAAGUGGAACCCCCUUCCUUGAAGGUAGAAGAGGCAAGUGAUAGGGAUAGCCUUUGUGCUCAGCCGUGAGAAGGUGCAAGAGGCUGCUCUCUGCGCUGUACCCAACGUGACUGGGAUUCCAGAUGACCAUCAAUAAACCCCGUAGCGUUUGGUGGAGGUGCAAGGUACCCUAACGACUCGCCAGAACUCCGGAGGCGCGCUCUGCCCGCCGAUGCCGCCAAGGCCAUGCCAGGCGACGCCGGCGAGCAACCCACUUCGUCAACUGGGCCAGUCACCUGCGGUGCCGUUCGCCAACAAGACCUAGUUGUAUUCAGUGGCACCGCUCAUACUGACGUCGAAGACUGGCUUUCGUCGUACGAACGGGUGAGCAACCACAAGUGGGACGAUCCGACAAAACUCACCAAAGUUAUUUUUUAUCUUGCGGAUGUCGCUAACCACUGGUUCCGAAACCAUGGAGCAACUAUUGCGACAUGAAAUGACUUUAAGAUUGCCUUUGUGGAGUAUUUGGCUGUGCGUCCGGCUGUGCGAAAGCUUCGCGCCGAACGCCUCCGACAAAGAGCGCAACAGCCGGGCGAGAAUUUCAUUAGUUAUAUCGAAGACGUCAUCGAUCUCUGCAACCAAGUGAGUCAAACGAUGACCGAGAAAGAUAGGAAUAAACAAAUCCUCACGGGCUUUGAAGAUGACGCUUUUCAAAUGCUCCUGGCUAAGGAUCCUACCACCACUGUAGCCGUAGUCACCUGCUGCCAAAGCUUUGACGAAUUACGCCGGCAACGAGCGCUCGCCCGCUAAGCUGUUCUUCACGUGGCCUCCCUUUCCAGUGAAACUUCAUUUGGACCUAGUUGGUACAUAAUUCUGAACUUAAACUUAGGUGUCUUAGGUGUUUGCGCUGUAAGUUUAAGUCCCUUUCCAGUUUGGCAGCUGCUCCCGGACAGAAUGAUGACGGUCUCUGCUGCCUCAAAUCAAAGUCUUCAUUCGUGAAGCGAUGGCCCGUCAGCUCUCGCUGCUCCCUCUCACCCAGGAGCAUGCCCAACCUUUGUCCUCGGCCGCGCAGUAGUCCAUCCUUGAGCAUGUUGCAGAGCCUCUUCCGCCAGUCCACCAGCAACCUCUGGUUACGGCACCGCUGACGUACACGAAAGUCACGUUGCGUCCUAGACAGACGACGCUCCUCUAUUCAACGCCACAGCUGCCCUACUCGACGCGGCUCUACUCCCUGCGCCUCAAAUGCCCCCUCAGUACAUCCGGCCGCGAGGUCCCUGGCGCACGCGUGACAACCAGCCGAUAUGCUCUGCCUAUACGGUCUCGCGGGACAUGUGGCACGCUUUUGUCGCUGCCCGCUGCCGCUUUCGGACGUCAUCCCUGAACCGCACGUGACUGCAGCCCACCAGAAUGCUGAUUCGAAUCCAUCGCCGAACUUCCGAACCGGUCGUCAGAACUUCAGCAGCCGUCGGUCACUAUCACCGCGUCGCCGUUCGAUAUUGUCGAUGCGUUGUCGCCCACCUUCUAACAAGGGAAACUAAGUGCCGCAGCUCCGGACGCAAGAGCUGCACGCUUGUAGAAAUGCCCAGUACUCUGCAAUCACCGCAAAACAUUAUAGAAAUAAAAGUUUAAGGUGCUGCUACAAUCGCACUUGUCGACACGGGCGCCACGGGGUUUGUUGGCGGUUAGCGGGAACCCAGUCACGUCGGGUCCAGCGCCAGAGAGCAGCCGAGCAGUUCCAACCAAGCGCCAGCACGAGGAAAGCAGCGACACCAAUCCUUUAGUCUUGGUCUUCCUCACUUCAGGAACCAUGCGGCCGCAGCGACGCUUAUCUUCUUCAUUACAGUAUGUGUUUUCGUCAAACAAAAAAAAAGAGACGAGCGUAGAUGAGCCAAAUGAUCGAGAGAAAUGCGAAGAGUGAGGGCCGUUCUUUACCUGAAAAAGGAAAACGUUCACCUCAGCAAAAUGCUGUCCUGUCUUGUCGCUGCGACGGUGUGUCUCAAAGAGGAUUUGUUCCGUUGCACUCGUUCCGGGCUGCUAUCGCAAACUGCCGCUCGGUUGGGACUAAAUACCUACGACAAAGUGGCAGUUAGUCGAACACGCGAAGGACUUUUCUUUUUUUAUUAUUAUUAUGUUCGCAGCCGCUAUAGGUCGGCCGAGUCACGGGCGAUAAGCAAAGCACAUCCAUCGAACACUUCUCUGUGGUUUCAUGCAUUCCCUAUAUGCUCUGAACAUACGUGAGUCCGCUCCAAAGCUAGUAUGUACCGCUCGUAAUUUUUCAACGCACCCGUUGUAAUAUCAAGAUGACACGCACAAUUUAGAGCGUAGAGUUUUCCUCUAGAUAUCGCUUGAGAAUGUAUGCCACAUAUGACGCGUGUUCCAUAGUUUAAAUACUUAAAAGGAAGAGGUCUGGACACCGACCAAAAAUGGUUUAAAAUAGUUCCAUAGUUGUGUCAACUAUCCUUCAAAGAAAUAAGGUCCCUCGAUUAGCGUUUGCUAAGAUACCUAUGAUCGGAGAACAAGUUCUUUACGUGGGCUUUUUCGUAAGCCACGCGAAAGAUAUGUAAGCCCAUCCUCGCUAUUCUUUCACACGACCGAGAUUUCCGUAACGUUUGGACCUCCCGAACACUCGACGGGCGGCUUGACGAAGUUAACGCCGAAGACAUAGUACAGCAAUGGCCAAACAGACAAACUCAAGGUGUCACAAGAAAAGAAAAAAUUUAUUCAAGUGCCUCGCAAAACACGGGCCUCGAAGUUAUCACAGUCAGUACAAGUUGGCCUGACACCAGAUUCAAUUCGUGCAGCAAUUUCGAUCGAGAAAAUUUAGAGCCAAGGGAGCUUUUUGACUGUUUCUCCUGUUUGCUAAGAAACUGUGACCCAGGCUGCCAACACGCAAACUUGUUACAAUACUCUCGCGGAAAGAAGAAGAAAGAAAAAGAAAACGACACAAUAUUGUGCGUUUGAAAUUGAGGGGCAGAAAAUUGCUUCCUGAACACACAGACGAUUGCAAGCCAUAGUUUUGCCGCCUAGCGCGUUUUUCAUGCAACAAAUCAGCAACGCUACAAAACUCUGAGCCUACACGUGAGACACUCUCGCAACGUUCAGCACGGACAGGCUUUAGCUGGGUGUAUAACAGUUACGUUGCAUAGGUGAAAGACGGCCGAUUGCUCCAAAUGCACCAACUCGAACCGUUUUCUUUUUUUGUUGUAGUUGAAUCAGCUUAUUUCUUUUUCUCGAUCAGCCCUCAGCAUCUCACUACGUGCUCAUUGCAGGCAGGCGUCAAAUUCAAACUCGAGAAUUGUCCUAGAAAAAGCUGUCCGGCAUCAGAGUGUAGCAUUACAUGUUUGUCGCAGUAAAAAGAAUUUUAAAAAAUACGAUCAUAAUACAUAGACGCUAAAGCUGGCCAAGCAAGCACUCUAACGCAAGCAAGUUAACUCGUUCAGAGAUGUAGGAUUUGCUGUGCCUUUUUUAAAUAUAACAAAGUCAUUCCUGCACUGUAAAUAACACGUUUUUAUAGCAGCAGUUUCCCUAAACUUUUUGACUACAGCACCACCAGUCCAUAUAUAAAUAUAUAAAGAUAUAUAUUAUGUAUAGAUUAACUUCUAUAGGAACAGAGACCAUUUGCUCAUUUUAUCACUUCUGCUUCAGCAGACCUAUACUCUCUAGCAAUAUUAUCCUAAGGGUUAGUGACCAGUCCUACGUGCACUCUCUAGGCACGUACGUCCUGUAGCUUUCUGGCGGCGUCAUUAAUCGCCGCUUUCGCCAGUUUGCUCCUGAUCACCAUUUCAUUCCCUCCGUGCUACGCACAGCCUCUAGGCGCUGAUGUCUGUGGCCAGCCCUCCGCACUGCGGUCUCUAGAAUAGAGAGUUCGCGCGUGCGAGUAGAUCAUAGCCGCUUGUCUGUAUGUAGUCUAGCUACUUUACUUCCCGAGAAAGAACUCGGACGUCCCCAGAAGUCCCCUAGUUCGCCAUUCUGGAUCCCGCCGGCGCUUCACGCAGAACGCGAGCAACACAGCAGGAUGCGGCGAGCUCGACGCAGCCCGAUGUACUACAAGGCGUGCGCAAGCGUGUUGCCAAGCUGCAGAUCGACCCAAGCGACACGCGCGAGCGCAGCCUCGUGUUCAAAAUUCUGAGAGCAAAAGAAGUCGCGAACCUGGUGCACAGUUCACAAAGCUUUUCGUUCGUAAGAACUGUUUGUCAGAGGACGGUCGCCUUCGCUGAUCCCUACCACAAUAUCCUGGCGCAUCUGCUUACCGACUACACUAUAGCGUAUGCGAAUUGUUUCUUGAAAACGGGCCCUGAUGCGAGGCUGACCAAGACCACGCGCGUCUGAGCCGCAACAGGAAGAAGUCGGCUGGCUUGAACACGCGCAAUUCAGCCUUCAGACUCACGCGACGGUCGUCAUAAUUUCCUCUCAACCCAUUUGAAGCGGCCGUUUCAAUUUUAAGGUAGAUCCUUCAACGGCAGCAGAACGCACUUGAAAGUUGUCACGCGCCAGACCGUAACCAGAUUCCUUCAAUACUUCUGCUCUAACUAUACUGACAUAACUAAUAAAGCAAACUGCAGCUGUACUGAAUCUGGCGGCACUGCGACUUAAUGAUCUCCGAUGACUGCGCAGAUUUGUUUGUUUUUUUUUCGAGCUUCGCGUUGCGAAAAAAAAAGGCAGCAAUUAAACCGCGAGAGCGUCCGCGCGUGUCUAAAGGGUCGAAAAACCAAGGGAAGAUGCCGUCGACGGGCUAUCGCAAACUGAAGCGAGGGUCUUGCAGCACUCCUUUAGACAUAGUCUUCUCACUGCUGUCACUUUUAAGCUCGGGUACUAAAUGUGAUAUACAUUUCCAGUGCGCUAGCCCCCGAUUCAAGGCGCUAAUUGUAAUUAAAACACCGCGUUCGUGUUUAUUCAGCUUGUGCAGAGCACUGCGCUUGUGCUUGCGCGGGCUGUGAAUUGUACCUACUUUUUAACCCCGUGAGCUGACCUCUUGACUCGUGUGGCGUCAUCGUGAGCAGGCACGCGGAAACAUGCAUCACCCUUUCGUUUCUAAUGCUCUCAACAAUGAGAGUAUCUGGCGCUUCCCUUUCUCAUUAGUUUAGGCUACCAGUGUACAAGGUUGUGCGGCACAGUGAUCAAUUUCGACGCGACGAAGUCUAAAGGUAGCUGUAGUCACUGUUCGCCGCCUAUUUGACAAGGCGCGUCCAUGAUCACCUGAACGACUAGCCAGGUGGAAUUUUGUACAAAGUGUUUUCUUUGCCGUACUGCAUCAGGUGGUUAAUAACGCACAGCGAAAUUUGCGUUUUUGGCUUACGUACUCUAUUCGCUUAUAGCCACAGCAGUAAUGUUUAAAAAAAAAAGAUAACCAUGGAGCAUGUACCGCACAUCUUGUCGUUUAAUAAGUGCGGCAGCUUAUCUGUCCAUAUUUUGACGCUGGCACGUUUAGCACGCGGAUAAAGUUUCAUAUUGAUUUAUUUGCCCUUAUAUUAUACUUUGGGGCAGUGACUUGUGAGACGCAUUUUUCUUUCCGGCGAAAAGGCUGAGCUGGACGCUUCGAAACAGCACAUUAUUAACACAAAUGUGGAGCAUUUCGAUUAACCACGAUGUUGAAAAACGUAAGUCGAGAAAGAAAUGUAAGUCUAUAACCUGAUUCGGCACCAAUAUCAAAACAUUUCCUGCUCCAUUGAGAUAUGUCUCAAAUACGACUACAAGAGGCAUUACGAUGCAAUUAGUUAUGCAGAAAACCCAGCAUACGUACGUGCUUACUACGACUUCUGUGGAAUAUGGGCGCACGUUGUUACGUUUUAUUAUCAGUAUUGACAUAUCUUACACCUCAACGCGAACGCCUGUCUCUCGAGCUUCGCGAUUUCUUGUUGCGAACAGAAGAAAUCCCAUGCAUCUGCUCCCAGCAACAGUUUCCAAUACCAAAAACAAAAAUCUCCUUCACACUAGCGAUACGCACCCACUUUCCUUGCAUGCAAGAAAACUUUCUUGUUGCGCUACCACUCGCUUUGUUUGACCAAACAUCGCCUGCUGCUUCGACGCAGAAGCAGCUUUUUUUUUUCUUAAUUAGUGCGUAGCGUCUUUUCCACACCCCGUAACAUUGGCUGAGCCAAAGGGGGAGUGCGUAGGAGACCUGUUGCAGCCGAGUGCAGGCCGAGCGCUUCCCUGUGCUUCAAGACAGAUCUUGGCGACCUUGCAGUAUAUUUAUGUGUCGAUCUACAAAGAUCAAAGCGCGUAGAAAACCUUCCUCGGUUUCGUUUCUUUCCUCACUUUUACUUUGAAAGAAAAAGAAGGAAGAAAGAAAAGCUCCUAUUUCUCAGUAACUAGCACGCUUCAUAUGUUUAAUAACAUAUACAGUGUAUACAAGCUCCUGCCUUGCGAUGACUCGACGCGAGACGGGACGGCCCUUUGCCGGCAGACAGACAAACAAACAUGAAAAUAAAAAGCGACAGUUUCAGUCAAUAUUUCGUGCUGCAGCAGGUACAGAGACGCACAUCGAAGCGAUAGCGCAAUAGCGUCGGUGUCCGACGGUAACCAAAGGCAACAAAGGAUCAAACGCAUAAGUUAGCGCAUGAGGAAAUGUGUUUUCUCCUAAGGAAGAGUGAGCGGAGAGUGCAGGAGGGAUUGCUAUUUGUUGGCGCAUGACUCUCUGUCCGAAUGCAGGCUGUCAGGCACUGAACUGUCCGGUCUACCCAAACUGUUUGCUGCAGAUGCGAGAAAAAAAGCAGACGAUACACUAACCAAAGAAGAGGCGUAGUCUGUGAUGUGGCAGCUGAAAGGGUCUACGUACUGCACAGUGUAUAGCUUUAGCCCCAGUGUUGGUCAUCUCCUUACCUUAUACUUCAACAAGAACGACAGGCUUCUUCAAACGUGACGCAAAAGGAUGUUGUUGCACAGUUAAGUGGACAGAUGGUAUGCUAAUCAGGAAGUUGAAGGACGAGUAAGAAAACAGCUGGUGGAACUGAACAUUUCUGUAAAAGGUUGUGAGUGUACCUGCUCUCAAAGAGACCCAGGUCAAGGAGUCCAUUCAGCGCUCAGCCCAGCCACAUAUGAGCAUAUCGUCAAAAUACAUCGUCCGCCAAGACGCUGGGGAAGCAUCAAAGAAUCGCUCGCGUGUAUAACUCGCGCUAAGCAGCUGCUGCUCAGAGUGCACUAAAUGCGCGUGUAUGUAUUUACUAGUUUGGCACCGAGUGUGUCUUGAAAAGUGUGACUGCGUUUGUGUAGCUUGCGUCGCUUGACCAAACAGAAAACAGCUCGCAAAACCACUGCGCGUUCACUACACUACGGUAGGAUAGGUGCAAUAUAUUUUUUCUAUGGUGCUCGAUAUCUCACGGCCGCCCACACACGCAGCGGUCUCUACAUUGUUCUUGUUUUUUUUUUCUUAUUUCCGCUGCCUCGCGGCUGCCGCUGUCCCCCGGUAGCAAGGCCAGUGACAGCACAGAGAAAAGUUCCAACAGCGGCCCACACAUCCCACCGAAGCCGCUUUUCCCGACACCCGCGUAGGCUGCUUCAGCAAUGACACGUGUGCGCGCAGCAGCUUCGCUUCCUUGUUUUGCGUUUGCCCCCCGGCUGCGCAAAGCGCACACAAUCACUGUAGCGCGUCAAAUUUCGUCCACUCAUAGGCCGAGCCCCACUUGCACAUAGCGACCGCUCCCAAUCAUGGCCACAUGGGCGCUGCCUGUGCAGCAUAGACAUGCUAAUGUCGAGGCAUCGGUCGACGCUUUCCCGAAUCAUUGCAAAGUGACAGAAUAGGAGCGUGCCUGUCACAGCCGGUUCGAAACGACCUGCCAUGCUUUGGUCACACGGCCAAGAACGGCGAGAGGGACCGAGAUUUUCGACACAUCCGCUCGGGCCAGAACCAGUGCCUCGAGCACAAACAAGCGACUAAAACAGGCUCGUAUUAUGCGCAGCUCAUUUGUCAUGUAAAGGAAAUGCAUGCGAGUGAGAGGCAGUGUCGAGGAAAACAGACAGUUUUCGGCAGCCUUCUCUGCGAGUUAAUUCGUAAGCAAGCACGUUUUUAGAGGUGUCGCGCGAGUACCGCACGUCGCUGUUGGCAACGGAAGAGAGAUUUCUCGAAAGCUAGGACAGCCUCCUCUUCAAUGUUCUCGAUGACAACUGUAUGGCCCUGUUCGUGGCUGACUGCAGAGAGCUAGAGGGGAAGGCAGGGAGGCUAACCGGAAAUGUAUACGGUUCGCCACCCUACCCGCAGAAGGGAAAAAAUGGGAUACGAGAAGAAGGGAAAGAGAAGAUAGCAAUAGGGGGACGUUCCACCUAGUUUUGUAACACCGUAGAGCCGAGCCAUAUACGGCAAGCAAAAUGAAAGCGUUCCGCCGUCACGGGUAGGUAUAGCCAUGAGAGGGAAGUAAACAUUGACAUCUGUCUAUAAAUGCUAGGCAUUUCGAGUCGGUUGCGUGCCGGUGUUUCCGCAUCGUGAAAAACGAAGCGUGAGAGCUUUCCACUUGCUGCCCUCGUCCUAGAGGGCAGUUCAAGUAAGCACGAUCAAACGGCGCCUGGGCGCGUGCAUGCUUACACCGGUGCUUAUGCGGCGGGUAUCGCAGCCUAUAUAAUAGCGUGCUCGUGGUUUCCUUUAGCCAGUGUGGUGCACCUUACUUGAUGUCUACACAAUCUUAUGUCGGUGCUUGGAACGUUACUGACCGCAUUAUAGUUUUGUAGUAGAGUGCGACGCGAACAGGCAGUUGCUUUUUACUGUCUACGCUAUAUUUACUAUCAAAACGUGACAGCCCUUGGAAGCGUCCCUCUAGCGUGCACAACUGGUUAAGUGGUUGUUGUCCAUGACUACUAAGGGUUGUGCAGGCACCGUUGCGAACGUUGUCUGAGUGUGUGUGUGUGUUUUCAGUGCUGUAAGAUCUGUGUUUCCCGGACAACAGUUACGCAUCCUUCACAAAUGUCCAACCCGAAUUUCGCAAACGAGUGUGUUUCAUGCAGAUUCAAAUAAAUGAACAUGGCCAUGCAUAACCCGCACCAGGAUUCACUAAAGGGAGUGCACUGUGGUUCGCGCUCCUCAAGUUUACCCAUGGUAGUCGCUUAAGCUCGGAUCACCAAAUGAAACGUCAAAAUGUGAGUUAUUUAUCGGUCACCUUCACAAAUGAAAACAGAUGAACUAUUUAAACACCUAUUGCGGUCACACCAUUUCCUUUCACCCGUUCUUUUUGAUACGCGAAACUUCGCGUCAUGCGUAACGACGUAGGUUUGAAAGUUUCAUAGCCUGGGGACCGUCCUUUAACGUUGAAUUUCAAGAGCAAGUAGCUUCAGGACACACUGUGAAUUAUUGAUAUUGAAAUGAACAGAGUGCACUGCCAUAAAGUUCCGAUGACCGAGCCCGGUACAAUAUGAUGACUUUUUUCCUUCGAUUCAAUUCCAUUCUUAUCAUUCGCCACGCUCAAUGGUUGAUCCCGACUGUGACGACGCUGCGGUGUUUUUUGGGCCAUUGAUGAAGGCUCGGAGGAAUGGAAAUAAAAUGCCGAAUUAUUUCAUUAUCCGACUCAACAGCCCCUAUACGCUCUUGCUCUUUAAAAAAAAUUGAAAUUAAGAGCCUUACCUGGAACUCUUCAAGAGACAUCGCGGUGCACUAGCUAGAGUACGCGGUUUCUGUAAAAAAAGGUUGCUUGGGUUGUGGCAACGAUUGGCAACUAAACAUGAGGUGCUGAACAUGUUAUCGACAUAAUGUUUAGAAGAUACUUAACCUUUCGGUGUACCGUCCUUGGUUUCAAGUAAUACCUGCAAAGCACAUCUGUCCAACAACAGUCGACUUACGCCAUGUACAAAAGACCAGCGACCAUCUGAACUGCAGCUAAGUCUUCGGUUUAGUCAACUUCCUUCCAUUUACUUCUGUUUGCAACAAAGAAUAAAAAAUAAACCGAAUCCCGCGAAUGGUUGGCAAGCCCUCCCCCCCCCCCCCCCAGUCUUAUCCCUUCACCUGCAUAAAAAAAACAAUACUCAUGCAGUUAAGAUUUAAACAGAUUACGCUAGUGUUUUGUACUGCGGUGCACUACUGUGGACAUACAAAAAGCGACCGAGACAGAGAAACGCAAAGAAUAAAUAAGGUUGUGGCUAAAGAUAGCGGUGAAAGAACGGUUGAUACUUCUCUUCAGAUGCGAACAAACCGCUACAUUAACUCAACCGCAGACAAGCCGCGAUGGCUCAGCACCUGUAGGGUUCCAAUGCAUGCCGAACAUGAAGCCGUGGGUUCAAUUUCAGCUUGUGGCGCCCAGGUAACAGUGAGGGCUCAGCAUAGAAACGUACGUGUGUUAAAUUUUGAAGCUCUGUAAACGAAAACAAACAAAUAAACAAGCUGAUGGUUGACAUUGAAGCGGAGCCACAUCAGUAUACCACUCGCUCAGAGCCCGAAAUCGCCCUCGACCGCAUAUCUGCUCGCGCGUACAGUAUUUGCCCAUGGCAGUACACGUGCGAACCCGGUAUUUCAUUUCGCUCACUUCAGAAAAAAAAUACGAUCAAGAAAAAGGAAAAAGGGGGAGCGCCGCUUUACCGAGCCCACCGAGGAAACAAGGAAACAACGAAAGGAGGAAAAUGAGGCGACAUGAUUCUCUCCGGAAGUUUACGCAUGUCGUCUUUCUAUAUGUUGGCAUUCACUAUUUUUCUGUUUUUCGACAAGUGAACUGUGUAUAAACGAUCUACCGGCACCCAACGACUUAAUUUAAUUUCCUAUGCCGCGUGAAAGAUAUUUCUUUAUUCUUGUUUCGCCACACAUAGCCAGACGGUUAAAGAACAAAACAAAACAAAAACUUUGUCAUUUGGUAUUUCGGACCUAUAAUAAGGGACCAGAUGUAUUGCGUCGCCUUUUCAAUUUCGCUGAAUGUGUUACUGAUGCAAGAUGUCCACUUUUCAUUACAGUUGAAACUCGAUUUAACGAACUGAAAUUCGAAUUUCGAAUUUCGAAUAACGAAUUUCCUGUAAUAGCCCGAUGAGGGCUGACAGUAUCAAUAAAUGAAUGAAUGAAUGAACUGAGACCACGCUCAAAUUAUUUCGUUCAAUCAGGAAGUUCGCGAAAUCGAGUAAGGCAUUUUUCGGUCGUUCGAAAUCUAAAAUUGUAACGUAGCGACACCCCAAAGGUACCGCGGCAUUGUAUUUGCCGCUAACCCACGCCUGCGCGUCUAAAAAGUCCGCGAGGGCGGCCCAGCUACCGCCGGCCCUAUAGCGCCAUCUGGCAUGUAGGAACGCUAGCGACUGCCGAGUCCGCUGUCCCGUACAUGGGCGCGGCGCGCAACCUCGUCAAAAUAAAGCUAGGGCCGUGACUAGGGUGCCUAGAUGUUUUAACGCGAUAGCGGUAAAGCUCACGCUUGAAGAAAAACGCGCCUGCGUCAGAAUUAGAAAGAAAUCACGGCUUUUAUACUCAUUUAUUUGAACAUUGAACCUUAUGGGUACUUGCCGGGGAAUGGAAAUUUCUUCGUUAGAUCAGGAACUUCGUAAAAUCGAGUUUCGUUAGAUCGAGUUCUAACUGUACUUUCUUUAUUCUUAUUAUUUAACGAUACUUAUUCCCACGUGAGUUGAAUAAACCCUUGCAACCUUGUCUGUUGGCUAUAAAUCACCGAAAGCCCAGGUAAAACGACUUAGCGGGGCAAGCUGGGACUGGGACCAGCAAGUCAAACUCGCCUAUGGGAAUAUUCCCAGCUGGGACGAACUGGAAGCAGCUCGGACCGGUUGACGCCACCAGGAAGCAGCUCGUAAAUUCAACACGAACCAGUUCCCGCUGGCUUGCAUUCUCCCCUUGGAAAUUCACAUGAGCACAGGGGGACUGGCUUGGUGAAGGAGCUGACAAUGACAGACACGAAUGAAUUUUUAAGUUUAUGAACAACUUCUGCCAAAGGUUUCGAAGCCACUGCGCGAAGAAUCGAGAAGCGCAAGGCCCUCUUGGAAAAUACCCGGACCAUGCAAUGCCUUUUGUAGUGCAAGAAUCUGCCCCUCUCUAUACUGGUAAUUUGAAAGCGUUGAAAGCUUCACACAGUCGCUGGUAAAGAGCCCAGCGACAGCUCCGGUGACGCGCCGAAUGGCUUCGAAACUUCUGUCAAACACUUCACAGCACGACCUACAUUUUCAUUCUGCGUUGUCUUGUGAAAGGCAAUUCAUUGGUCGUGCUAUCCCUUGAAGCCAUUAAUUCAAAUAACUGCUGCAAGCUGUUUCCCUUCAACGCAAUGAGCAACAGAACCGGCGCGGUUUGUUGCUUGAUGCCACAGCUCAUCAUUAACGCUGAAACGCUAUGAGAAGUACAUGUCAUUGAAAUCAUGCGUUUGGUUGUGAUGGUUUCAUUAUGCAAACACAUUUCGUUAGUGUAAUCAUCUUGCUGACACUGUCAUAUGCACUUCUUUUUUUAUUUUUUCGCUCUCCUUUUUGUAAAAGUCUUAACACAAGACUUCACCGACUAGUUGCAGGACACCAGUAGCCUAGCCAGGGGGUGGAACACCGGGCACAUGACGCCCCCCCCCCCCUGAAAUUUCACUCUUAAUAUGCGGCCUUCCCCGCUCCGCUCCCCUCCCUCUUCCUCCCCGUCCCCGGUCAUGUGGGUGCCCCUGCCCUCUCUCCGCCCCCCCCCCCUCCCUCUAAAAAACAUAAAAGAAUAAUCCUGGCUACGCCACUGGAGGCAGAGCACUGUAGCAGUAGUUUAGUCCGCACAUCGAGAGAUACGUUCCGCCUCGCCAUAUACAGUAUAUUCGGUUUGGCGGGUGAAGGCUCCAUCGAAACGUCAAAUCCGCUAAGCGAAGGCGAGUCAGCCUAUGGGUUUCGCCGUGGCUGUGCUGCUAGUUGAAGAGUCCCUGAAGCACCUCUCGCCGACGCUGCGGUUCCUUUGUGUCCGAACCUCCUUCUCCCCUCGCCAUCGCGAGUAGCGCUCCGGACGGCACACGGCCAGGUUCCAGAUAGCGCUAUGGUCGGCUUGAUCAUCCAAAUGACCGGCGAUGUGUUUGCGAACGUGCUCUGGCAGUUAACGUUAGUGUUCAAAGCCACACAAUGGUGGCUUUCCUCUUCAGUGGCGCCACAGACGGCAUUCUUGCGCAACUGCAACGAUUAAAUUUUGCUAUAGGGACCCCUUACGAGAGUCCAGCCGCUUUGCACGUGCAAGAUCGAGGACAUUUCCUGCGCUCAGUGGCUGUCGGCGCCCGCCUAGAACGUGGCAGACGCAUCUUUACGUUGCGUUCACGAGCCUGUACAUGCACAGGGUACGCAAAAGCACUUUAGGCCACGGCUGAUUUCGCACAGCGCAAUCUGUCGGAAACGAUCCAGUGUACUUUGGACCACGGUCACACCCAGCCCGCUCAUUCUCACGAGCAUGUGCGGGUGCACUGCUGCGCGCUCGAACAAGCAGAGAGUCGUCUAAGCAUUAGCAACAUCUGUAUUUAAAAGAAACAAUAGUGGGAAGUCGGGAUUUAUUUUGGAGCGUGUGCCGAACAAGCGCCACUGCAGCAUCACAGCUGUGGGACGUUGUGGACCAGCGUGCAUACGUUGUGGCGCAUUUUUGCCCUAAAAAUGAAAGAACAAAGGAUGUGCGCGCGGCUCACUGCUCGCAAGAGCAUGUUCGUUCACGCAGUUCGUGCAGCCCAUUAAACAUUUUUGGCAAUCUGGACAAAGAAACAAUGCGAAAGAGCGAUUCAUUUUACAUUUCUUUCUCUAAAGAAAUGUUCAAACACUAACAGGGCGCAUGAAAACAAGAGAGAACAUCUGCAAGAGCUGCAUGUUGUUAACCUAUUUGUGUCGUCUAUAAGGUGUUGCUCACCCGGCUGUCAUUUCACGUGUUGUUGGUAUUUUUUUUUUCUGAGCUGCACAGUCUCAGUGUUUCUUGCGUCCAUUUGUACUGCAAAAGAAAUGUUUUCAAUGCCCGUUCGCAAUAAAAGCUUCCAAGGUUUCA